AUGGAAGAAUCACAAUGGUUCUAUGCUGCUACAAGUUUAAAGGUUCGCCCUGCUAAGUGCAACAUGUACUAUGGUGGCAUGAAAAGAGAGGAUCAACUUGCUAUUUGUGCUGAAACCGGAUUUACUCAAGGGAGUCUUCCCUUCAAAUACUUCAAGGUCCCUUUGGCUAGCAGAAAAAUCACAGUUCACCGUUGUAGACCUCUAAUUGAGAAGAUUUUGAAGAGGAUUAAGCAUUGGACAUCCAGGCUUUUGAGUUAUGCAGGUAGAAUGCAACUAAUUAGAAGCAUCAUAUUUUUUUGGCAAAUUUCUGGAUGCAAUUGUUUCUGUUGCCACAGAAAGUGGUUCACGAAAUUGAAGCAAUAUGCAGGAGCUUUCAGUGGAGUGGUUCAGACACAAUAA